AUGUCAGCUCUCGUCCUGGAGACCGGAGCCUUGGGCAGGAAACUCAGCGACUUUGGACAGGAAACAAGCUAUAUUGAAGGCAACUCCGAUCAAAAUGCUGUAUCACUGAUCUUCUCACUCAAAGAAGAAGUUGGUGCACUGGCCAAGGUUUUACGUUUAUUUGAGGAGAAUGAUAUAAACCUGACCCACAUUGAAUCAAGACCUUCACGUUUAAAGAAAGACGAGUAUGAAUUUUUCACCAAUCUGGAUCAGCGCAGCGUGCCUGCCCUGGCAAACAUCAUCAAGAUCUUGAGACAUGAUAUUGGUGCCACUGUGCACGAGCUUUCCCGGGAUAAGAAGAAAGACACAGUGCCCUGGUUUCCAAGAACCAUUCAGGAACUCGACAACUUUGCCAAUCAGAUUCUCAGCUACGGAGCCGAACUGGACGCAGAUCACCCGGGAUUUAAAGAUCCUGUAUACCGAGCAAGACGGAAGCAAUUCGCUGACAUUGCCUACAACUAUAGACACGGGCAGCCCAUUCCUCAAGUGGAAUACACGGAGGAAGAAAAGAAAACAUGGGGGACGGUGUUCAGGACCCUGAAGUCCUUGUAUAAGACCCAUGCUUGCUAUGAGCACAACCACAUUUUCCCCCUUCUGGAAAAGUAUUGCGGCUUCCGCGAAGAUAACAUUCCCCAGCUCGAAGAGGUUUCUCAGUUUCUGCAGAGUUGCACUGGUUUCCGCCUCCGACCAGUGGCUGGCCUGCUUUCUUCUCGGGAUUUCUUGGGUGGCCUCGCUUUCCGAGUCUUCCACUGCACUCAGUACAUCAGACAUGGGUCUAAGCCCAUGUAUACACCAGAACCUGACAUAUGCCAUGAGCUCUUGGGACAUGUACCUUUGUUUUCGGAUCGCAGCUUUGCCCAGUUUUCCCAGGAAAUCGGCCUCGCCUCCCUGGGUGCCCCUGAUGAGUACGUUGAGAAACUUGCGACAAUUUACUGGUUUACUGUGGAGUUCGGGCUCUGCAAGCAAGGAGACUCCAUAAAGGCAUAUGGUGCUGGGCUCCUGUCAUCCUUUGGUGAAUUACAGUAUUGCCUAUCAGGCAAGCCGAAGCUCCUUCCUCUGGAACUGGAGAAGACCGCUGUCCAGGAGUAUACGAUCACAGAGUUCCAGCCUCUUUAUUAUGUGGCUGAGAGUUUUAAUGAUGCCAAGGAGAAAGUGAGGAACUUUGCUGCCACAAUCCCACGGCCCUUCUCAGUUCGUUACGACCCAUACACUCAACGGAUUGAGGUCUUGGACAACACCCAGCAACUUAAGAUUUUGGCUGACUCCAUCAGUAGUGAAGUUGAAAUCCUUUGCAGUGCCCUCCAGAAAUUAAAGUGA